UACUUCGUGUACAUGGUUUUUGAGCAUUCAAGUUGUAAUUAGCUGUACGUGUUGAGCUAAUCGAGUAAAUUCAUAGUAAAAUGUAUCAAUUAUUAUCGUUUCUAUUCGUACUGCCUAUUUUCGUGGACAAUCCUGCUUCGGGGUAUGUGCCAUCAAAAGAAUGCGGCGAACCAUUAAUUCUAACCCCUUUGAUAAAAAAAGGAGAAAUCAACUUAGCCAGAGAAAAAUCAUACGUGAAACCUCUGCUUCCUAACAUCUUCAGCCACUCCGGAUUUUUAACGGUAAACGAAAGUACAAAUUCCAAUUUAUUCUUUUGGUUUUUUAAACAAUCGAGUUCAGAAUGGUCAUCACGUCCAGUGAUACUCUGGUUACAAGGCGGUCCAGGAUCAAGUUCUCUUUUCGGACUUUUUACUGAAAAUGGUCCUUUUCAAGUGAAAAAAGGUAAAUUGGUGGAAAGCAAGUAUUCGUGGAUCAAGCUGUAUAAUGUAUUGUACAUCGAUAAUCCUAUCGGUACAGGGUUCAGCUUCACCACUGAUUAUUACGUCACAACUGAACAAGAAGUUGGUCAACAUUUAUUUGACGCCCUAAUUCAGUUUUUCACUCUGUUUCCAGAACUUCGUAAAAAUAAGUUCAUCAUAUCCGGAGAAUCAUACGCUGGUAAAUAUCUUCCAGCUUUAGGGUAUGCAAUAUACAAAGGAAAUCCAAAGGCAUCGAAUUCCAUAAAUUUACAAGGUAUUUUCGUCGGAAAUGGAUGGACUGAUCCAGAGAAUAUGCAGGAUUACGCCACACAUCUGCAUAGACUAGGGUUAAUUGAUCGCAAACAGAAAUUAAUUGUGCAACAGUACGAAGAAGAUGCAAAGAUACUGAUUCGGAAUGCCUUAUGGGGUAAUGCUACAAAUGCUUGGAGUGAAGCUCUGGAAUCUUUUUUAAAAUUCUCCAAUUUCUCUUGUGUGUAUGAUUACACUCGAGAGAACUAUUGCGGAGGUCAUUCUUAUUUUGAUAUCAUAAACACUGAUGAAUUCAGAAAAGCUAUUCACGUAGGACAAACAGAUUACAAGGGCUGGUCUAAGGAAGUUCACCUACACCUAGGAGAUGAUAUGGGUAAAAGUAUUAGGCCACAAAUAGAAGAAUUAUUGGAAGAGUAUCCAAUAAUGUUUUUCAGUGGUCAGUUGGAUAUUAUUGUAGCACAUUACCUGACCUCUAAUUUCAUCAACCAGUUGCAUUGGAGUGGAGCUGAUGAAUACAGUGAAGCGAAAAGAAAUAUGUGGUACGUCAACGAUCAUUUAGCCGGAUAUUACAAGACUUACGGGAAUUUAAAGGAAGCUUUGGUCCGUAAUGCUGGACAUAUGGUUCCUUCAAAACGUCCUUUGUUCUUAUUAGAUUUGCUGGGAAAAUUUGUCGAUGGUGAAAUUUGAAAUUCAGUCAAUUAAAUUCCGGAAGAAUAAUGUCAUCAUGUUUCAAGAAUUUCCUGAUAUUUUUUCCAUAGAAUUAUUGCUCUUCGGUAGCUUAUCUAGUUAGUAGAGUAAGCAUGUUGAAAUUUCAAAAACAAAAGUUAUCUGUAACAUACUUAUCAGUUUU